GAAGCGCAGCCGUGCGAGUGACACGCGUAUAAUCUAACACGAUCUUUUUAAGACAAUCUAAUCAUGUCUAAGUGUGACCAAUGUAAUAAACCUUUUUCUAAAUCUUUGCCUGGAUGUGAAUGUGCCCGAUGUGAAAAAAUGGUACACCUAAAUACCAGAUGUAGUGGUCUUACCAACAAACAGAUAACCGCAUUAAAGGCGGCCCCAAGCUUGGACUGGACCUGUAUGGAAUGUCAACAAGAAUCCCCGAAGCGAAACUCCUCUUUGUAUCUAACAGAGGAUGCAGAGGAGGAUAUACCUAUGGACACUAAGGGGCUAAUACAGAAAAUUUCAAAGGAAGUAGAAAAAACUAUAAAGAAGGAAAUAAACGAAUUCAACCAAUCUCUGCAAUUUCACAGUACGAAGCUGGACGAAGUAUUAGGUUGUAUUGAUGCUUUUAAAAACACCAUAAAAGUUUUAGAAAGAAAAAACACGGAACUAAUACACAAAAACAACAAUCUGGAAUUGAGGGUAGGUGCAUUGGAGCAGCGUUUCCAUGAGAUGGAACAGGAGAAACUUUCUAAUUUUAUAGAAAUAGCAAACGUCCCCCCUGCGAGUGAAGAGAAUGUGAGAAAAUUAGUUGAAAAUGUAGCAUUAAAACUUAAACAGCCCUUCGACAGUAUCCGUAACACAAUGCGAUACCAAGGUAAAAACGACCAACCGGGCAUUAUACAAGUAAAACUUAAUGAUAAAGCAACCCAAGAAAAGUGGAUUAAAGCUGCAAAAACCAUUAAAACUAUGGUGGCCGAUGUUUGCCCCUAUGAACCCAACAAUAACAAAAUAGUAUUCAUCAGGGAAGCAAUGACUAAACACAACAAAAGCGUUUUAUGGGAAGCCAAACAGGAAUUAAAGAAUAAACAAGGAUAUAAAUACGUAUGGUUUAAAAACGGUAUGGUGCGUGCAAGAAAGGAUGAAAACACUAAAAUACAAAACCUAAGAUCAGUGUUGGAUAUACAAGUGCUAAAAAAAAGACAGAAUGCCAAUUAACUGACCAAUUUAAAUGCAUAUAAAUUAUUAUUAUUAAGAUGGAUAGUUUAACUAGUGAUAUUUGUGAAUUAGAAGACUGUAUAAACAUAAGUGAUUUUGUGAGUAAAAUUCCCAGUAGACAUUUAAAUCUAUUGUGUGUACACAUAAACAUAAGGUCAAUCAUAAAAUACUUUGAUAGUCUUGAGCAGUGUAUUUAUGCGGCUGGAGCUGUUGACGUUAUUGUGCUUACAGAAGUAAACAUUUCUGAUAAAAUCAGUUGUCUGUAUAAUUUAGAUGGAUACCAUAUGUUUUCGGCACUCAGAAACGGUAGGAAAGGUGGAGGUAUCGUAGUAUAUGUAAAAAAGAAACAUAAAUUUAAUAUGAAAAUUGUAAAAAGCCAACAUUUCGAGAAUAUACUUUUUACCAUCACAACUCAGACAAAAUACACUGCUCAAAUUUGUGCUAUUUACCGCCCACCUAGCCUAAGCAAGAACCUGUUUAUUGACGAACUUCAUAAUAUUAUUAAGAACAACUGUCAGAAAAAUAUUGAUUUGUAUCUAUUGGGAGACGUUAAUAUAAAUCUAAAGCUAGACAUUCCUAUAAAACAUAAAUAUUGCAACACAUUACACAGUUUAGGCCUUAUGUGUGGGAUCACAACUUACACUAGGGCGGAACUAUACAAAGGAACCAUUACAAAAUCAUGCAUAGACCACAUAUACGCUCGAUCCCAAACACACGACCUAUACACGGCAACGGUUGGCACAAAACUAGCGGACCAUCGAGCGAUCGUGCUUGCUUGCACUAAAACACAGUCACAGGAUGUUCCAACAUAUAAAACAUUAAUUGACAAUAAUAAAUUAGCGAUCCUUCUAGAGCAAAUUGAUUGGAAGCCGACAUUAGAAAUGAAGUGUCCUAUUGGUAUAUAUAACUUCAUACAAAAUAACUUAACACAAGCAUAUAAAAAAUCUGAAUGUACAGUUAAACUUAAAUCUAACUCUCUUCGAAAUAGUAACCAUUGGAUUAAUAAUAGAAUUAUUAAAGGAUGUCAGUACAGAGAUAAACUUUUUACUCAAUAUAUAAAAGAUCCAAACAACUUAAUACUCAAACAAAAAUAUAAUAAAACCAGAAAUUAUGUCAAUAAAUUAAUAAAUAAAACUAAAAAUAAAACAAUUAGAAUCAAUAUAGAAGCUAAUAAAAAUAAUCUAAAAAAUCUAUGGGACAUAUUAAACCAACUAACAGGAAAAAUUAAAACAUCCAUGGACGUAGCUAUACAAAACGCAUUUGCAAACCAAAAUAUUACAUGUAAAGAUAUUGCAAAUAAUUUUGCAACUUCCUUCCACAAUAGUAUUAGUAAUAUAGCAACCAACUGUGUAAAUCCACUGUUAGAUAAAAGCUCCUACCAGCAUACAGAAAAUACUAGUAUGAGAUUUCAGUCAGCAGACCCUAAAUCAGUUGCAAAGAUAAUUAAAUCAUUAAACGACAGAAAGUCUCCAGGUGCAGAUAAAAUACGAGUUAUGGAUAUUAAAACAUUAUGUAAUAAAAUCAACGUAGUCAUAGCUAACCUUAUUAAUACGAGCAUUUAUACUGGAAAAUAUCCUAACUUACUAAAAACAGGCAUAGUUCGACCAAUAUACAAAAAUGGUAGCAAAAAAAUCUAUAAUAAUUAUCGUCCAAUAACUAUAUUGCCAACAAUUAACAAAAUAAUAGAAAAAUACAUAUGUGGACAAAUUCAAAAUUAUUAUAAAAAACACAAUAUUCUUUCUAACAAACAAUAUGGAUUCCAACCAAAUAAAAAUACCACACAAUUGCUAUCCGCAUUCACAGACCACAUUUAUAAACAUUUAAAUAAAAAAGAUCAUGUUCUAGUAGUGUUUAUUGACUACAGUAAGGCAUUCGACACAUUAAAGCACAGCGUAAUCCUGCAGAACUUAAAUGACUGCGGAGUACGAGGAAACCUACUCAAGUGGUGUGAAAACUAUCUGCAAGACAGAACUUAUCGUGUUAAAGUGUGCAACGAAGAAAGUUUUCCAAUAUCUAUUACAGAAGGUACGGCUCAGGGCUCAGUCAUUGGGCCUUUACACUACCUUACCUAUGUUAACACAUUACCUAACAUAAUAAAGUAUUGUCAGAUAUUCCAAUUUGCAGAUGAUACAUGCCUAGUAGCUGCAGGGCCUAACAUCCAAGAAGCAGAAACAAAGCUACAAUCUGAUUUCGAUACAUUGGCUAAAUGGUCCCACGACGUAGGACUUGUACUAAAUCCUAACAAAACAAAGUUCAUGCAUAUCCGAUCCAGUCACAAUCUAAAUUCACGUACACCCAUCUUAAUCUUACACAACCACACAUGUGCACAUUCUUAUAACUCGUACCCCAAUAGCUGCAACUGCAACGCUUUAGAAUUAGUUCAUAACCAUAAGUACCUGGGGCUUACAAUAGAUGACCGAAUGUCCUGGAAAAUGCACAUUAAUUCUGUCUGUGAUAGGCUAAGAGCGAUACUUGCCAAAUUCACUUUAAUAAAAAAUAAAAUACCACUUAAAACUCUGCUACUAUUAUACAAAGCACUAGCCGAAUCCAUUAUAACAUAUGGACUUACAAGCUAUGGGAGAA